AUGACAUGCGAACAACAAAAAAGCUCCGUCGCCGGGACUCGAACCCGGGUCUCUCGGGUGAGAGCCGAUCCACUUAGUCGAGGAACUACUCUUGCUGUGGCUUUACCUCUUCUAUCCGUUGCGAGCAGCGUUUUGUGGAAGGUGGUUCCGGGAGGGAAAGAGAAACUGGUGUUCUGGAUUGUUUUCAUCGGCGAUACGUCUUCUUCUCCUCUGGGAUUGAGCUUGUUGGUGCGAGAUAAUUUUGGUACAUGUCAGAGAAGCUCUCAAGCUUUUACUGUUAUUGGCAAUCUGAAUCGUCAAAAUGCCGCUUUGCCUCUUCUUAAAAGGACUUGCUUGGCACUUCCUACACAAAGACGCAAUGCUAUGUUCGUCCGUGCCAUGAGUGCUUCCAUUGGUGAUACAUCUGACGAUUCAGCUGCUGUUUUUCCUCGGAUCAAUGUCAAGGACCCAUACAAACGGCUUGGGAUAAGCAAGAUGGCAUCAGAGGAUGAGAUUCAAGGCGCGAGGAACUUUCUCAUAGCGCAGUACGGAGGUCACAAACCAAGUGUUGAUGCGAUCGAAUCAGCUCAUGACAAGAUCAUCAUGCAGAAGUUCCAUGAGAGGAAAAACCCGAAGAUCGACAUCAAGAAGAAAGUCCGACAAGUGAGGCAGUCCAAAGUUGUCAGCUUUGUUUUCGAGAGGUUCCAAACUCCUCCCACUGCGUUCCUCAUCAAAACGGCAGCCACGUUUGCAGUUCUCGGCCUUCUUACGGUUCUGUUCCCGACGGAAGAAGGACCGACUUUUCAGGUUCUGUUAUCGGUAAUAGCUACGUUUUACUUCAUCCACCAGAGGCUGCAGAAGAAGUUCUGGUCUUUCCUUUACGGGACUGGAUCUUUCAUCUUCUCGUGGCUCCUUGGGACCUUCUUGAUGGUAGCUGUGGUCCCGCCGUUCAUUAAAGGACCAAGAGGUUUCGAAGUCAUGUCUUCUCUCUUGAGCUACGUUUUGCUUUGGGUGGCUUCCAGCUACCUUCGGUAG